AUGGCUAAAUGGCAUCAAACCACAGGAGUAUAUCGGACCCCCCCCCUGAAAGACCCAAUCAACCACGAAAUCGCGAACAAUAUUGAAGAGAAAAGAAAAGUCCUCGUCAAGAACCUAUUGACGAACGCGGCAGAAGUUGAUGACAUCCCUUUCGAUAUCCCAACAAUCCCUGGUCAACACAUCUCCUUCCCAAGAAUCGUUAUGAGUGAUCUAGAACAGGCUAUCCUAAAAACUGGCAAUACAGUACCUGGCGCAAACGAGAUCCCAACCAAGAUCCUACAAGUUGCUUGGCCAAUAAUCAAAGACUUCGUCCUCCUACUCUUUAGGAAGUGCCUCGAAUUGGGACACCACCCCGAAUGCUUUCGUCUCGCUACUACAGCGAUUAUCCCGAAGCCCAACAAAGCCGAUUACACCAACCCAAGAUCUUACUGCCCUAUCGCUUUGCUUUCAGUUCUGGACAAAGGCUUCGAAAGACUCGUCGCUAAAAAAAUGUCAUAG